CUCAAUUGCUACAGCUUUCUUACAGCCGGCUGCCCUGAAAACCCGGAGCAGCUGAGUAGUCUCAGCGGACAGUCCUCCUAGGGGCGAAACCAGGCGGCUUGGGCAUGCUCAGUUGCUGGGAGAGGUUUGGGAGGAGAGUAGAAAGCUUUGGCUCUGCCCCCACCCGCUCCGCAGGCCCCCGCCCCCCUUGCCCCUACCCAGCCGUAGUAGUUCCCCAGCGUGCGCCCGGGGAGAGCAGGAACAUGGCGCUCGGAGCGAUAUAGCAGAUGUAGCAGCAGAGGAGAAGCAGAUGAGGUACCGCGGCUUCGCUGCUGACAGCCAGCCACCAGGAUUUUACAUCAUGUUUGGGAAGAAAAAGAAAAAGAUUGAAAUAUCUGGCCCAUCCAACUUCGAACACAGGGUUCACACUGGGUUUGAUCCACAGGAGCAGAAAUUUACUGGCCUUCCCCAGCAGUGGCACAGCCUGUUAGCAGACACAGCCAACAGGCCCAAGCCCAUGGUGGAUCCAUCAUGCAUCACUCCCAUACAGCUGGCACCCAUGAAGACAAUCGUCAGAGGAAAUAAAUCCUGCAAGGAAACCUCUAUUAAUGGCCUACUAGAGGAUUUCGACAACAUCUCUGUGACUCGCUCCAAUUCCCUAAGGAAAGAAAGCCCACCCACCCCAGAUCAAGGAGCCACUAGCCGUGUUCAAGGCCAUUCAGAAGAAAAUGGCUUCAUCACCUUCUCACAAUAUUCCAGUGAAUCCGAUACUACUGCUGACUAUACAACUGAAAAGUACAGAGAACGGAGUCUCUAUGGAGACGACCUGGAUCUGUACUAUAAAGGCAGCCAUGCGGCCAAGCAAAAUGGGCAUGUCAUGAAGAUGAAACAUGGAGACGCUUACUAUCCUGAGAUGAAGCCUUUGAAAACUGACCUGGCCAGGUUUCCUGUCGACUAUCACACACACUUGGACUCACUGAGCAAACCGAGUGAAUAUGGUGACCUUAAGUGGGGUUACCAGCGAGCCUCUAGUAGCUCCCCUCUGGAUUACUCAUUCCAACUCACGCCUUCUAGAACUGCAGGGACCAGCAGGUGCUCCAAGGAGAGUCUGGCAUACAGUGAAAGUGAUUGGGGACCCAGCCUUGAUGACUAUGACAGGAGGCCAAAGUCAUCAUACCUGCAUCAGACAAGCCCUCAGCCAGCCAUGCGACAGAGAUCCAAGUCAGGCUCAGGGCUUCAGGAACCCAUGAUGCCAUUUGGAGCAAGUGCAUUUAAAACCCAUCCUCAAGGACACUCAUACAACUCCUACACCUACCCUCGCUUGUCCGAGCCCACAAUGUGCAUUCCAAAGGUGGAUUAUGAUCGAGCACAGAUGGUCUUCAGUCCUCCACUGUCAGGGUCUGACACCUACCCCAGAGGCCCCACCAAACUACCUCAAAGUCAAAGCAAAUCAGGCUAUUCUUCAAGCAGCCACCAGUACCCUUCUGGGUACCACAAAGCCUCCCUGUACCACCAUCCCUCCCUGCAAACCAGUUCUCAGUACAUCUCCACCGCUUCUUACUUGAGUUCUCUCAGCAUCUCCUCCAGCACCUACCCUCCACCUAGCUGGGGCUCCUCCUCAGACCAGCAGCCCUCUAGGGUAUCCCAUGAACAGUUCCGAGCUGCCCUGCAACUUGUGGUCAGCCCAGGAGACCCCAGGGAAUAUUUGGAUAACUUUAUCAAAAUCGGAGAAGGGUCGACAGGCAUUGUGUGCAUUGCAACUGAGAAGCAUACAGGAAAGCAAGUGGCGGUGAAGAAAAUGGACCUCCGGAAGCAACAAAGACGGGAACUCCUUUUUAAUGAGGUUGUGAUAAUGCGUGAUUACCACCAUGACAAUGUAGUUGAUAUGUAUAACAGCUACCUUGUUGGAGAUGAGCUCUGGGUGGUCAUGGAGUUUCUAGAAGGUGGUGCCUUGACAGACAUUGUCACUCAUACCAGAAUGAAUGAAGAACAGAUAGCUACUGUCUGUCUAUCAGUUCUGAAAGCCCUCUCCUACCUUCAUAACCAAGGAGUGAUUCACAGGGACAUAAAGAGUGACUCCAUCCUCCUGACAAGUGAUGGCCGGAUAAAGUUAUCUGACUUUGGUUUCUGUGCUCAAGUUUCCAAAGAGGUGCCAAAAAGGAAAUCACUGGUGGGUACCCCAUACUGGAUGGCACCCGAGGUGAUCUCCAGGCUACCUUAUGGGACAGAGGUGGACAUCUGGUCCCUUGGGAUCAUGGUGAUAGAGAUGAUUGAUGGUGAGCCCCCCUAUUUCAAUGAGCCUCCUCUCCAAGCAAUGCGGAGGAUCCGGGACAGUUUACCUCCAAGAGUGAAGGACCUACACAAGGUUUCUUCCAUGCUCCGAGGAUUCCUGGAUCUGAUGUUGGUGAGGGAGCCCUCUCAAAGAGCCACAGCCCAAGAGCUUCUUGGACAUCCAUUCUUAAAAUUGGCAGGUCCACCAUCUUGCAUCGUUCCACUCAUGAGACAAUACAGGCAUCACUGAGCAGAUUCAUAUAGGAGACAAAUCUCAGUGAAGAAAUGAGAAUGAUUCAGGAGAACAUGAGGAAAAACCCACAGAACAUGAAUAGGCCUGUGCAUUCUAAACCAGCUGAUUAGUGGGACAGUGUGAUGACCUGACCGGCAGGGUUUGACAGACCAGGGCAUCUUCUAGUGUCUUAAAUAGGCAUCUCUCCACUGACAGCUGGCAUGGUCAUUUGGAGCAUGGCUUUAAUAAGUCAUCAUUAUACAUUUUCAGCCCUUCUUCCAGUGAAUCAGAAGGACUCAGUACAAACUCCGUUAUGAUAUAUCCUAGCCACAUGCAGGGUACCGCAUAGGAUUUUCUAUAUUGAAAGAAUACUUUUCUGGCAAAAAAAAAGGAAAGAAAGAGAGAAAAGAAAAGAAAAAGCACUUUUUUUCUUAAUGGUAGCAGUGUAAUGUAUUUUGCAAUGAAUUUGUAAUUUUUCUGUACGAUAGUUUUGAUAAUUUAUAGUACUUUGAUGUCACGUAGCCAUUGUCUCGGUUGAAGUAAUACUUGUUUACUAGCAGGCAUUUGAACAAAACCUUUCCUACUUUUUUAUCCCUUUCAGAGAACCAACGAUUCUUUAGGAACUUUGAAUACUAAAUGACCCUCAGUCACCGUCAGCUUUAGCAGAAAAUCUUUCUUAUCCUAAUAAGUGUCUUAUGUAAUGGAAGAAGAGCUAAGAGUGAUGAUGUGGACACUUCAUUUACCCAACCAAAUACAGUGAAAUAAAAUUUGAGUCACAGGAUCAGCCAAACAACUCCUUGAGAUAACGCUAAGUAUUUUGGAAAAUAAUUUCCCCUCAAGGAUUGUGGCAACACACCCAUUUUUGAAGAGCAAGAUAUUCCCCUUGAUGCCCACCUUUAAAUAAGCAUGGCAUCUCCUGUGACCAAAUUUCCCUCCCAGGGAGCAAUUUCAGUGCUGGAAUCAUUGGACUUAGUUCCCCAGAUAGAAUGUUUCCGUGAGACCAUGGAAAUCCCAGGCUCACAACAGGAGAGUGAACGAGGCAAGCUGUUUGGUUCUGUGUGUCACUGUUUCUAAGACUCUGUAUGCUAGCAUACCAAACUCUUGUCUGUGUUAUCUUCAUGCCGCAGUAUUAAUCACUGUUAUCCAUGUAUUGUGCUGGAAGUCUGAACGGAUGAUAGAGGGUGAAUUAGCAAGGGAGUACUUUACCAGGUAUGGUCUAACUUCAGUGGUGACCAUGUUAUAAUGUGUUUCCAACAUAAGGAGAGUUGUGCUGCUGUCUAGAUCUUCCUGAAUGUUGAUAAAAAUGAAUGACUACUACAAUACAUUUUGUGUUGCUUGUUGGAUGAAUUUGCAUGUUAACUGUAGGCCAAUAUAGAUUUGCCUUUAAAAUUCUGGAAGUGCUACAUAGUCAUCAAUAGUUUCUAUUAAUUAUGCAUCAGACAAAAGCCAUUUGUUACCAAACUAGAAAACCAGAGACUUUACUUAAUAACUUCGCAUACUGUAACAAACAUGAAAAUAAGUUUGUGAAGAUACUCUGGUUGCUCUAAGCAUAAUUAAGAAUUUUUUUUGUAAUUAAUAGGUUGAUAAUUAUUUAUUAUAGUUUAAAAGGAAAAAAGGCAUAAAAUGACCUUCUGCUGAUUAGCUGUUCAGUUUUUCCCCAAACUGGAAAUGCUUUAUCCUAAAUAGAACCUAUAACUUUGUUGCAUAAAACACAGAUCAUUGUUUUAUGUAAACUCUUAAAGUUUUAAUAUAAAUGUGUAAGAAUAAAAGCAAUCUCAACCCCCAAAAAUGGCAAUCCCAAAAUGUCACAAAGCAGUGUCAUAAUUCAGCCAGGACUAUGUAGGAGAAGAAAGAAGAAUAAAUCAGAAUCAUUUUUAACUAUAAUCAACAUUUAAAAAUUAAUUGCAGGAAAUAGCCGACUUUUGAUUCAAACAACUUUUGACAGUGUAAUGGAAACGUUUUCUGUAAUUUUCUUAUCAUUGGGCAUUUUUUACAGUAUUUGGUAAGUUUACAAAAUGUUCAUGUAGCUUAACGGGGUCUGUGAGCACUGAGCACCGGCAGAAACUGCACACAAAUAAAGCAAGCGUUUGCCUUUUCCCCACUGUGCUAUUGGAAAGACUCAUUUUCUGAAUUUGUCUUAUUGAGUAAGUAGGGAUGGUGUGUUGAUGAUCUUGGGAUGCAAAUGAACUGGUUUAUAUGUUAUGUCAUGAUGUCUCAAACUGAAGAUAAAACAAUCCUAUCCCUAAAGGUUACCAGUUAUGUAAGAAUGUGAUCCAGAUACCCUACUUAGAAAAAAAAAUUAAAUUCUGAGAAACCAGGUCCAAGGGAAACCAGAUGAAGAGCUAAAGACCUCCACUUUACUUCUCUAUCCCAUGGAUGGUAUGCUGAUUUGAGGCUUUUUACCAACAAAUUUUACUUGAAAGACUUAUCUAGAGGUCUCUUAAAGUAGAAUAGAGUGUUCAGUCUCUCCAUUCUCUUCAACUGACAAGAAGAAGCACUAACAUUGACCCCAUAAAGUUGAAGAGAAAUGUUUGUGACAAAGAGCCCAUUUCUUGUCUAGAAAUUUUAGAAGGUUGCUUUCAUGAAAUAACCUGAGACAUAAGGAUGAGGGAGGACUUAGUACAUCAUGUGUCCAGGAAGAGAAAGAUGGAGGCAAUCUUCCACAGACAAGACCUCAGUCUUCGCUAUAAAGGGAGUAGGCAUUAUGUUUUCUUGCCUGUAUAUAAUGGGUCAUGGAGAAGAAUCAAGGAACAUGUUAAAUUACUUUUAAAAAGUAAUGAAAGCCAGAGAGAUGACUCAGUGGUAGGAUGCUUGCCACCAAGCCUGCUAACCCGAGUGCAGUCCCCGGAGCCAAAUGGUACAAAGAGAGACUCUGUUAAGUUGUCCUCUGACCACCACAUGCAUGCCAUGGUACAUAUGCUCGCGCUCGCACGUGCACGCGCACACACGCACACACACGAGGAAUUUCUGUAAAAAAUGAGAUGCACGACCACAUACUGUGCAUUGGAGGGAAAUUUAGGGAGAUAUGGCUUCUUUUCUGCAGGAAAAGAGGUCAGAGUGCAGCUGAAACUGAACUCUAAAAAAGUAUAUCACCUACACAGAGACUCUUGUGAACAGCAGAGGCCGUGGCCUUCAGACAGAACCAAAAUGAGAUUUGGGAAUCUUCCUUCCUUCCCUCCAAUAGCAUCUCAACUCAGCUGAUUUCAGACACACUACCAGAAGCUUGCCCCCAUAUGAGUCCCUGUAGACUUGGCCAUGUCACAGUGUAAGACACCAUGAUCGAGUAGGGGAUGUGGGAGGAAGAGGGAAUAGAGUAUCAUGUUAUAUACCCUGCCAUUGCCUCUUGAUUCUAUCUCUUUCUCUGGUACAAAGUCACCCAGUUCAAAAAGAGAUGUGUUGGUUUUGAAUUGACUUGAGAUAGACUCUUUGAAAGCCAUAGUAGGUAAAGGGAAUCAAACUGAAUUAUGGUUGUGUUCCUAUUACCCACCUGGAAGAACGUUCACUGUCAAUUAAUAAAUAAAUAAAUAAAUAAAUAAAUAAAUAAAUAAAUAAAUAAAUAAAUAAAUAAAUAAAUAAAUAAAAUCAUUUCAUGAAGCUAACAUCUCAGAGCCAAACUCUCUGGUCAAUUUAAUCAAAGAAAUAGAUAAUGAGUUUUCAAAGAGAGACAAACUAUCUGGAGCAGAUAUAAAAUGCAUAAACAGGAAAAGUCUAAUGAAACUAACAUGAUAUGACAUAAAUGGAAUGAGUUUGAAAGGCAGACUGUCAGUAUGGGCAUGUUGAAUUAUAUUUCCAUUUUCAGAUUACAUUAUUUACAUGUGGGUUACAUCAAAAGGAAAACCUAAAACAAACAGUUAAACACAAAUUCUAUACAUGUGCAAUGACCCUGGAAAACUCUUCCUACCAGAAUGAAGAGAGAGAGAAAAGCAAAUGCUACAUAACAAUUUCCUUUAAAUUGAAAUUCUCUCCUGCAGUAGGAAGGGAAAUUCAUAAGACACAGGAAACUCACAAGACUUACAAGACUCAGGAGAUUCCUCCCUACUACUGUAUAAGCAGCAAACUAUUGCCAGGGUAGAGGAGAUCAUUGUUGCCUACAAGUUAGUCAAGAAACAUUAAAAAUGUAUCUUUUAUGAAUUAGUAACCAUAAUGUGGUUAGUUUUUUGGUGAGGCCUUUGUCUGAAAGCCAGGCAUAUUCCUGUAAGUAACCAAUCCCCUGUGCUCUUGUUAGCAACCCUAAUAAACUUACCAUUUCUUGAAGCAA